UGGGAUCAUUAAGCGCACAUCGCUUUAGUUAGCCGCACGAUCGGUUCGUCGCUUGUCGCUAUCUUCAGAGGCACUUUUGUUGUUGGCUUUGUUGCGCGCGCACAAAGCAAAACUAAUUAAAAGUGAACACGAAACCAUGUAAACAACAAUAACAAACAACAACUAAUUAAUAAAUCAUCUUCGAAUUCAAACUAACAGCUAAAUAAUCGCAUCUAAUCAAAAGUCGCGAUUCGCAAAGUGCAACAACAAUUAUAUUGACAUACAUAUGCAAAUAUUAUUUUGUAAAUAUUUUGACGGAAUUUCGCCGAAAAUUGUGUUAUUGUAGUUGCCACGCGUUUAAGUGUUAAGUCGAAAUCGUGCUUUAUAUUUAGAAUAAGCACUCUGUGUUAAGCCAGCGCUCACCUGUUGCCUCUGUGUGUGUACGUGUGUGUAUCGCGCCACACGUGAGAUUAUCGAGCGGCUUUAUUAAAGACUUAAAAAUGGCUCGCCUUACUUUCCUGUUAGCCACACUGCUGCUAAGCUGUCUUCUGCUGAACACUAGUGUGGAUGCUAAAGAAUACAUGCGUUGCCAGUUGGCGCGAGAGCUUUUGCUAAAAUACGGUAUCAACAAAACGUUUCUCUCCAACUGGAUUUGCUUGAUCGAGCACGAGAGCAAGAGGAACACCCAAGUUGUGAAACGAAAUCCUAACGGCAGCGCCACUUACGGACUCUUUCAGAUAAGCAGCAAGGAAUGGUGUCGCGUUAGUCGCAAAGGUGGCCUUUGCGAUAAGAAAUGUGAAGACUUCCUUGAUGACAACAUUGACGACGAUGUGGUGUGUGCGAAGCGAAUAUUCGAACGUGAUGGCUUCAAAAAUUGGCCCGGCUGGAGUGCCUCGUGCCGCAACACCCAGAACCUGCCGAACCUCGGCCUGGCGUGCAACAUACAGACAGUGAGACCGACCCGAUCAUUGAGACUUAAUCAGAAAUCUAAUUAUUAUAUUAUUGUAUGAAAUUUUAAUAUUAACUAGGUGUAAACGAUAGUGGAACGGGGUGGAGGGUAGUGGCAUUUUGUAACUACGAAACAGCAAAAUGCUACACACACAUGUACAUAUGUGCGUCACAUUUUGAGUGCCUUCAUAGUGGGCAUCCACACAUACCA